AUGCAUAAAAUGACUGAUCCAUUAAAAAGAUUCUUACGACACAAAUUCAAAGUACCAGAAGAAAAAGUAACAUCUAAUCAAGCACUUGAAUGGUGUCAAAAUUUUCUUCGUGGUGCUUGGUUAACAAUUACUGUUAAUGAAAUGCAUAUGGAACGAAUUCAUGGUGGUCUAUCAAAUUAUCUCUAUUGUUGUUCAUUACCUGAUCCUAUUGAAUUACAAGGUGAUGAACCUCGAAAAGUAUUAUUAAGAAUUUAUGGUGAAUCUCAUAAAAAACAUCGUGGUACUCUUUUGAUCGAUAGUGUUGUAUGUACAUUAUUAUCCGAAAGAAAAUUAGGUCCACAUGUUUAUGGUAUAUUUCCUGAAGGACGUCUUGAAGAAUUUGUUGAAGUAAGUUCAUACAUAUAAUAUAAAAAGCUUGCUUAUAUAU